CGUGGCCAGAAAGAUUGUGUAUAAUGGCGAGUGGCAAAAUUGGUAAAGAUUCCAGUUGUUAUGGUUACAGUAAAGAAAGAAUAGACGAAAUACACAACACAUUACCAUGCAGGGAAUCACAAAUCUCAACACUGCUAGCACUGUUUGGAAAGCCAUCCCAUGCAGCAUAUUCAAGUAUAUUUAUCUAUGGUCACACUGCCUCUGGUAAAUCAGCUGUUAUUACUACAAUAUUACAGACAUUACAGCUUCCUCAUGCGAUCGUCAAUUGCGUUGAAUGUUACACCCAACGAUUGUUAUACGAACAUAUCUUGAAUCAAGUUGGUGAUGUCAUUCCGUCACCUGACAAUAACUACAGCUGUUAUGCUCGCUGUGAUAAUAUGAAUGAUUUUGUGAGACUACUUAAAAAUCUUAUAGAAGAAAAAGAACUGGGAAGUCGCACAUUGUUCAUAGUUUUGGAUAAAGCUGAAAGAUUACGUGACAUGGAUGCAAAUAUACUCCCUGCGUUAUUAAGAUUACAGGAACUUUCAAACUGUAAUAUAUGUGUAAUAUUAAUCAGCGAGAUUGUCUUGGAAAAGUUUCGUACAGGAACUGGUUUUCAUGAACCAUUUGUUCUUCACUUCCCAGACUAUUCUAAAGAUGAAAUGUUGGAAAUAAUUUCCCAUGACUGCCCAUCUGAUUAUUCCCCAUCAUUCUACAUAUCCUAUGUAAAUUUACUGAUGAGUAUAUUCUAUAUGGUUUGCAGAGACCUCAAUGAACUCAGGCAUUUGGCACAGUUGAAUUUUCCCAAAUACAUAGAACCUAUAUUGAAAGGGGAAGCCACAGUGGAAAAUGCUCCUAAGUUGUGGCGUAACAUUCAGCCUCAUUUACAGAAAGCGUUACAGACUAUCUAUCUCAGAGAGGUUUCCAGCGCUCAAUGGGAAAAAUACCAGCUUGAAAAUGUGGAAGGAGCAGGAAGUCUUCCAAACUUGCUAUCUCUGCGUUCUAGUGUUGAGUUACCAUAUUAUUCUAAAUACCUUCUGAUAGCUGCUUAUUUAGCUUCUUAUAACCCCACCAGAACUGACAAAAGAUUCUUCUCAAAGCAUCAUGGGAAAAUAAACAAGCAUAAACUGAAGAAAACAGAAAAGAUCAGCUUUCAAUUACUGGGACCUAAGCCCUUCCCACUAGAGAGAUUGAUGGCUAUAUUCUAUAGCAUUGUGGAAGGUAAAGUAGCACCCACUGCCAAUAUAUUCUCACAGAUUUCUAGUUUGGUGAGUUUACAUCUGGUCUCACACGUUAGUAGUGAUGAUCAGCUGGACAGUGCCAAGUACAAAUGUACAGUAUCAUUGGAUUUCAUUAGAUCCAUCGCAAGGACUGUGAAUUUUGAUGUUGUGCGUUAUCUAUAUGACUUUGUAUAAGUGGUGCAAGUACACAGGUACUGUUACUACUCUUAGUGAACUUCAUGGAUUGCUUGCAUACCAGAGUUAUUUUUAUGUAUCACUGCCAAAUCCAUGGAAUAUAUAAACUGCCUUCUCUUAUACAUCGGUAAAGCAACAUGUCAAAAUUUUGUUGAUAAUUUGUUUAUUAACAUUCUUAAUAUAUAUUUUUCACUUUCAUACUUUCAUAUGAUUUCAUAGAAUAAAUAUACAUGUGUAUUUUUCAAGU